CCUCUGGGAUGGAAGGUUCCGGUUGAAUCUGGUGAACGGGAAAGGGGGCCGGAGCUGCGCCGGUACGCGUGAGCCCAAAAGAUAGCGAAUACCUGACAGAUCAUACCUCCUCAGUCGGAUAGAAAUCACUUUUAAUUGUUUUACCUGUUGUUUAUUAAAAAAAAAAUCCAUGUAGUGUAAUUUAUUGUGGUAUUAAGUUCCUUCCCCUCCCCCCACGUUUUUUUUUGUCCUGGGGGGGUUGUCGGCCUGUAAUUUGAUUUUUUUCUUAAACAGGAAACAACAGCAAAAACAUUAUUUUUUCAAAAAAAAACUUUUUUUUGGCUUGAACCUCGUUGUUAACAUGCCACAACCGAAGUCCCGUAAGGUUGCGAUAUUAGGAUACAGAUCAGUGGGAAAAUCCUCACUGACCAUUCAGUUUGUUGAAGGGCAGUUUGUGGACUCGUAUGACCCUACAAUAGAAAACACAUUUACUAAGUUGAUCACAGUGAAUGGGCAAGAUUACCAUCUGCAGCUUGUGGAUACAGCUGGGCAGGAUGAGUACUCUAUUUUCCCCCAAACGUAUUCCAUAGACAUUAAUGGAUACAUUCUGGUGUAUUCAGUUACAUCUAACAAAAGUUUUGAGGUGAUCAAGGUUAUUCAUGAAAAAUUGUUGGAUAUGGUGGGGCAAGUGCAAGUCCCCAUUAUGUUGGUUGGAAAUAAAAAAGAUCUACAUAUGGAAAGAGUGAUCAGUUAUGAAGAAGGGAAGAGCUUAGCUGAUUCUUGGAGUGCUGCUUUCAUGGAAUCGUCUGCCAAAGAGAAUCAGACCGCAGUUGAAGUCUUUAAGCGAAUAAUUAUGGAGGCUGAAAGGGCGGAUGGAGGCUGUCAGCAAGCAAAAUCUUCAUGCUCUGUAAUGUGAGCCCUAAGAUGAUGAUGAAACUGCUCCACUUGAAGAGGCAUACUGCCACUUUCCCUUUAAAUAAACAACAAUGCCUUUUUACCAGUUCUACAGAUGGUCAGAGACUUCCUUUUACUUUCCUCACUUAUGUUGAACUCUGACCCUUUUGCAAACAGCUUCACUUCGGCAUAAAAAAACUUAAAAGCAAUUCAUAUUUUUCAAAUUGUAUAUUGUAUUUCUUGACACAGGCAAUGACUAAUCAUUUGCCAACAUUCAUUCUUCUUGUAGUGUGAAUGUCAGUUGAAAGUAGUUGAUUGUAAACUUCAAACUGAGAAAUGCAUAUUGUUACACUACUAUUUACACAAACAGGCUUAGAUAUAUCAGUGUUUUUCUUCAUGUAUGUACAUUGUAAAUAAACAUUAGCAGCAAACGGAUUUGUUUUUAAUACUUGCUGGUAGAAAAAUACUGUAUUAAGUCUAUUGUUUUUAGUAGACUCGCUGUACAAAGGUAUUUUAAAUCAAUCAAGGCGGGUUGUAUUUAAGAUGAUGCUUACACCUCGUUCUUGCUCUGAACAUGGAGCUUGCAGGAAUCCCGAAGUUGACUGACAUCUGCUUUUUUUUUUGUUUCUAACACUUUUAAGUUGAAACCAGUGAAGACAACAUUUCAUUAAUUGAAAGUCAGAAGCUUGCUGUGUGUAGAUUUCUAUUGUGUAUUUAAAUGGGUUUACAGCAGGCUAAAGGUUUAAACUUGAGGUAUCUAAAAAUGCAAUGCAACAAAACAAAUUUUUAUAUGUAUUUAUGAAAUUGUUACCAUUCACUCGUUUAGAAACAUAAAAUUGAUUAAUGUAGCUAUUGACAAUCUGCAGUAGUACAACUGCUUUAUAAUAUCUACUUUUUAAGCAGACCAUCCUUCAAUAAUUAUUUGUGUAGGUGAUACUAAUGCAUAAAUGUUCACAUGGACUGCCUUUAAAACUUUCAUUGGGUAGCAUUUGUCAGUGUUCACAGGAAAAUGCAUUUCAUGUUUUCCCCCAUUAAUUUGCAAACACUGCUGAGGAUUUUUAAUGUCCUAUUCCAUCAUUGUUGUAAUUCCUACAUACAGGGUAUUUGUCAACUAAUAAAAAGUGGGAUUUAGCUAAUAAAUAGAUGUAACGAAAUUUUGUUUGCCUGAAGUAAUGCAAAAUAAUGUUUUUUUUUAAGUUAAAGUAAGAUGAGGAAGGCUUAGCUUGUCUCGACUAUAAAUUUGUUGCGAUGCCUUUUGGUCUAUAACCCUGGGCAAAUGCUAUUUACAACACAAUGAAAAUAUUACUGUGAUCGGUCAAAAAUGCAAUAAAAAUAUUUUAAUCUCA